GGAAUCAUGGGAGUUGUUGGAUUACAAGGUCAUUCGUAUUCUCUGACAAAGAAUGCUCAUGCCUCACUAAAGUAAAAAUCCCAGGUUCCCAUAGCAUUGAACCAUGGAAGUUCAAGUAAUUUCAAGCUGUGUUAAUUCUCCCUAAAUUGGCUAUGGUAAUCCCCUUUCCAGUGGAAUUUUCUGUUUUGUUCCAAUGAGUUCAGUGAUGAUUUUUCCUCUGACAAAGUGGUCAUUCCCUAGACAAGGCGGGUUUUUGUUUUGUUUUUUAAGGAGCUCUGUCAUGAUCAAAUUGGAAAACAGUUCUUGCCCUUGUGUUAAAUGCACUGCUCACUUUAGUUGAUGUGUGCUUUUAAAAUAUGUCAUCAGAGAAAAAAUGGGGCACUUCUGUUGCAGUCAGCAGCAGUUGCAACGCUCAGGUUCCUUUUUCCUGAUGCAAGCAGUUGCCAAUGGGGAGUGGUAUGUCUUGGGGGAUUUCCAGUCAACUCAUUGUCUAAAAUAAUGCAAUCCUUGUUUUUCCAGGUUUUUGAGGAGUGUGUUGUGAAUAGGAAGGUCCCUUCUGGUUAUGGACUGGCAAGUGCUUUUAGUUGACAUGUCAGUUUUGGAUUCCUGUAGAAUAAGCAGAAGUGGAGAAACAGUAAUGGAGUAUAUGAGCACAGACAGUGACAACAAAGAGGAGAUUGACCUGUUGUUAACAGACCUAAAUAUGUCAGAGGUGAUCAAUAUCAUGGAGAAGCUCUACCCAAAUGGAGACCUGAGUGUUUAUGAUGACAGCCUCUUGACUUUAUGUCCAGAGAAGAACAAAAAUGAGGAACGAGCAGAAUCCCUGCUGUUCAGCAGACGGGAGGUUUCCUUGUUAUCAUCUGUCAAGUAUGGGACUGUGGAAGACUUGCUUGCUUUUGCAAAUCAGGUGUCCAACACUGCAAAGCAGAUUUGCCAUCACAGAAGACAAGAAUCAGGAAUCAUUUUAAAUAUGAUCAAUCCCAAAAAUGGGCGUUAUCAGAUUGAUUCAGAUGUACUCCUGUUUCCCUGGAAGUUAACCUACAGGAAUAUUGGGACUGACUUUAUUCCACGGGGAGCUUUUGGGAAAGUCUACUUGGCACAAGACACAGAAACGAAGAAACGGAUGGCUUGUAAACUGGUCCCAGUGGAGCAAUUUAAGCCAUCAGAUGUUGAAAUCCAAGCCUGCUUUCGCCACGAGAAUAUUGCUGAACUUUAUGGGGCCAUCUUGUGGGAUGAGACGAUCCAUCUCUUCAUGGAGGCAGGAGAAGGCGGCUCUGUCCUGGAGAAAGUGGAAAGCUGUGGGCCUAUGAGAGAAUUUGAGAUCAUUUGGGUGACAAAGCAUAUCCUCAAAGGGCUUGAGUUUCUUCAUUCAAAAAAAGUUAUACAUCAGGAUAUAAAACCAAGCAACAUUGUUUUUAUGUCAACGAAAGCGGUUCUGGUGGACUUUGGCCUAAGUGUUCAAAUGACAGAAGAUAUAUACUAUCCCAAGGAACUCCGAGGCACAGAGAUUUACAUGAGCCCAGAAGUAAUCCUCUGCCGUGGACACAAUACCAAAGCCGACAUCUACAGCCUGGGAACAACCAUCAUCCAUAUGCAAACUGGCAUCCCGCCGUGGGUGAACCGAUACCCUCGUGCAGCAUACCCCUCCUACCUCUACAUAAUCCAUAAGCAAGCUCCACCACUGGAGGACAUUUCUGAGGACUGCAGCCCCAGCAUGAGACGGUUCCUGGAAGCCGCCCUUGAGAGGAACCUGAACCAGAGACCCUCAGCCACAGAACUCCUCAAACACGAGGCCUUGCACCCACCCAGGGAAGAGCAGCCGCGCUGCCAGAGCCUGGAUUCGGCUCUCUUUGAAAGGAAACGGCUGCUGGCGAGGCAGGAGUUUGAGCUUCCUGAAAACAUUGCCGAUUCCUCAAGCAUCGGGAUUACUGAAGAAUCAGAACUGCUCAAGAGACAACGAUCUCUGUACAUUGACCUUGGAGCAUUAGCUGGCUACUUUAACAUAGUCUAAUGCGAUGAGAUUACGAAGAGUUGUGCUGAAUGGAAGGAGAUCAUUUCUUUCAGAUGUUUUGAAGAAAAAGAAGAGUGCAAUAUUUCUGAUCACUUGAAGAAUUUUAUAAAGUGAACUUUUAAGAACUCUUUAACAAAAUAACAAGAGAAGGUUCUUGUUUUUUUUAAUAUAUAUAUAUAUAAUGCUGCUUCUGUCAUAUGAUGUGUUACUCAUGUUUGGUCUGCAUUGAGAGUGUAACCAUGAAAAAUAUGCGUUAUAAAAUUUUGAAGGUCUGAUGAUUAGGGAACCCAGAUUGUUAAGUUCAACAGUAGUGGAAGCUCCUAGUUUGAGCUCAUUGAGUUCUUCUAAUUAUUAAUAAUUAAAGUCAUUGUUGAAUAUAAGGGCUGUUUCUAAACCAAGCUUACUGCUGUCAGAAAUGUGGCUUUCUCUGUGGCAGAACAUCUUCCGUUUUGCAGAUCUUUGGCUUAUAGCAUCACAUUGAUUUUCCUUGAAAAGCCUGAUGCUUGGUGAGUUGGGUCAAACUUUUUUCUGUGAUUUUGCAUCCCACUCAUUUUUGUUUGGAUCAAGAUUUGGUGACCCACUAAUCAGCAUACUAUGAGCAUCUUUAUCUCCACACCCAACCGCCCACUUGUUUUGGCUUCAAAUGAGGCACCUCCCAGUCCUCUGCUUCCUUGCAUUCCUCUCCAUACUUCUCAGACUUGUUUUCAUACUACUCCUUCUGUCUCCCUUUUAGACAACAAGCUAGUCAUCUUGGACCUAAGAGGAUAACAUUCAAAAGUUGGUUGGUGGAACUAUAAGUCCCAGAAUCCCCUGGCCUGUAUGGUCACUCUCCCUAUUGGUUGGGAGAUUCUGGAAAUCAUAAUUCAAAACACUAAAUUCUGAUUUCUGCUUAUGUCUUUGAGCAAAUCCUUAGGAUUUCACAGAACUUUGGGGUUUUUUCUCCCUUUGACCCAAGCUGAAAUAGUAUGAUGGUGUUUUGAUCUCAGAUAUCUAGGUUACAAACAUUACUAAGGAAUAGCUAUCCAGUCUCUGUAUCAUAUAAAUAUUAUCCUAAAUAGCAUUAAUCAGCUCAUUGUGUCUAAUAGGGUUUGCGCCAAUUCUUAGAAUUAGAAAUCUGUACCAGAACAGCAACAAAAACAUUGCAACUACCAGUGUAUUCAUACAUGUUAAGCUGUGAGCUGGCAUUUUUUCAUUUUAAUGAUGUUAGCUGUAUUGAGGGAAAUUUUCCAGAAUAUUUUCUUGCACAUUGCUAUCAGUGGGAGAUGCAAGAAGGAAGUUAUGGGACAAAGUCUGGCUUCCUAGCAAAAAGAGCAACAAUUGUAAGCAUGAGCCAUUUGAAAUAUAAAGCUGGCAGUAGAAUACUAGAAUCUUGGCGGAGAUAGGCUAGUUAUGAAGUUUGUAUUAAUUUGUGGCUGUGGGCUACAUGUUUCUUAAGACAAACAUGUAUUUGAAUGUCAUGAAUUAGAGAUUUUUAAAAAUAAUGUUCCUAUGGAAAAAAAGACUUCUUUUGCUCUUGAAGACGUUGAAUACGUUUAAAACUUGAUGUUUUAGAUGGCAGUAAAACUGUUUCAAGAACAUAGUUUGGUACAUCCCAUGGGAUGAAUGUGUAAACUUUUAUAAAAAUAAGUCAAUACUUUGUUAAGUGAUUUUGUUUCAUUUUUAAAGUGGCAUACUGUGUAUGUUGUAAAUAGAAUUAUUGAUAAAAACAUGAGGUUUGUAUUUAAGAAUCUUUGUAUAUACAGUUUGUUUGUAUUAUCCAAUUCUGUUUGUGAUAGAAAUGGCUCAACUAUUUAAAGGAAUAAAGCCACAUGUUUUGUGAGCA